GUGUCCCUCUGCGUGUCUGGGGGCUGCCAGGGAGCACUGCCCCGUCCCUCUCCCCUCCUGUAGGGCAGAGGGACCCCCCGAGCCGGGCCAGGCACCUGCCCCACCGCAGUGCUCAUCCCCCGGCGCAUCCCAGCGGGAUGGGGAAGCAAAACAGCAAACUGCGCCCAGAGAUGCUCCAGGACCUGCGGGAAAACACCGAGUUCUCCGACCUGGAGCUGCAGGGUUGGUACAAGGGUUUCCUGAAGGACUGUCCCUCGGGUAUCCUGAAUGUGGAGGAGUUCAAGAAGAUCUAUGCCAACUUCUUCCCCUACGGCGACGCCUCCAAGUUCGCCGAGCACGUCUUCCGCACCUUCGACACCAACGGCGACGGCACCAUCGACUUCCGAGAGUUCAUCAUCGCCCUGAGCGUCACCUCCCGUGGGAAGCUGGAGCAGAAGCUCAUGUGGGCCUUCAGCAUGUAUGACUUGGAUGGCAAUGGCUACAUCAGUCGGGAGGAGAUGCUGGAGAUCGUGCAGGCCAUCUACAAAAUGGUCUCCUCUGUGAUGAACAUGCCUGAAGAUGAAUCGACUCCGGAGAAAAGAACGGAAAAAAUCUUCCGACAGAUGGAUACUAAUAACGACGGUAAGCUCUCUCUGGAGGAAUUCAUCAAAGGUGCCAAGAGUGACCCGUCCAUCGUGCGCCUGCUGCAGUGUGACCCCAGCGGUGCCACACAGUUCUGA